AUGCAAAUAAACUGCAUUAAAUUAUUUUUCACUGGGCACAGCUACUUGGAAUUACGCAUUUUUUUCAUCGGUCCGCACACAAAACAAGACUGCCACAACAACGUCAUCAUAAACUCUAUCAUGAGCCGAAGUCGUUGUGUCGCGUGCCAUACAGAGGAACGCGGUAUGAUUGCGAUUUAUCAACAUCCCCGCGGUGUUGACCGCCUCUGGAGCUAUGUUACUGGAAUUAUCGUAAAAUCGAAAGAUCAGCUCUGCAUUGCCUGCUACGACGAGCUACGUGUCGCGCAUCGUUUUAAAGAAAAAUGCAUCCACAACAAUCUGAACCGAUUAGGGUUAGGACUGACAAAGAGACUACCGCCACACGCACCACAGGAGCCGGCGGUGAACGACGACUCGAUUUCAGUUCUCACAGAGACUGCAGUGCCAUCUCGUCUAGGAAACAGUAGCCAUGCAUCGAGCGAAGAGUGCCAGCAAGUGCAGCCCAGAAAUGAACCCGGCAGGACCGAUUUUAGCAUCAAAUCCGAACCACCGCAACAGGAAGAUAAUAACGAGGUGACCGAACAGCAGCAGGAAGAUUGCGGUUCAUCGCAAAACGACAGCAAAUGUGAAGCGGAUCAAAUACGAGCGAGAACAUCCUCGCUGGAAGUGGUAAAGAUGGAACUGGAACUAUCGCUGGAUGACAUCGGGAUACAACCCGAAUCAGUGCUUUCCGACAGUACGAUCAAAAAGACGGACGAUGAGCACGAAAACAAAUCUUUCGAAAAUAUGGCGCUACCAUCCGGGGCGCUAAAACAACAUCAGCAGAUAGAGCACAAAAAAGUGCGUCGAGAAAACACGAACGCCGUCAAGUACCGGCGAGUGCUGACGGGCAAGAUAAACGCACUCAUGUGCAGGUAUUGUUACCGCGAGUUUGACGAACCCGGAACGAAAGCGUCCCACGAGGAGACUCACCUCAACGAUCCGAAACCAUUCCAGUGUUCCUACGGUGACUGUAACCGGUUGUUUCAGCAUCGAUCAGCCUUAAAUCGGCACUUUUAUACGCACGUCACGCCGAAACGGUUCAAGUGCAGUGUCUGUCCGAAGCGGUUCCAUCAACAGAGUUCGAUGGUAGUGCACGAGCGUUUGCACCGUGGUGAUAAACCGCACAUUUGCCCUCAAUGUGGCAAGGGCUUCACCCACGUGUCCAACGUAAAGCGACAUAUUCGGUUUCAUAACGGUGAAAAACCGUACCAAUGUGGCAAGUGUCCGGCACGGUUCACCACUAGCACGGAUUUGCGCCGGCACAUGAACAGCAGACGAUGCAUGAUGAUGUGGUCUAUGAAGAUGGCAAAAUAAGGGACAACCACGUGAAAGACUUGUUACGUUUCAAUACAAGGGGGCUGCAUAGCAGGUGUCGGCAAACCUUUUUUUUAACGCCAGAUGUGCGCAGAAUUUCACUUACUUACAUUGCAUUGGUUCGACAAACAUUUCGUUUCGUUGCUGUUCUAAAUUAAUGGUAAUUUGAAAUGAAUUGUUUUUUUUUUUUAAUUUGUACGAAGACUUUAGAUUCCGUUUCCUUCCAAUGUCCGUUGUCGAAUAAACCCCAACGAUUCCAAUUGUAUGUUACUACGAUUGGAAUUUUUUGGCGUUGAGCAAUCUAUCCUUGUUAAUUUCCAUCACCAUAGUAGAUGCAGUACAUUACAAGAAAAAUUACAUUUCAUUUUACGUCGUUAGACGUUACGUUACCGUAACGUUACGUUACGUAUCAAUAUAUAGUGUAGGACCUGAUUUUCACAUGUUCAUAACGUGUUUAACCGUUUGAACUAUGUAAGAGUCCGAAAUGUUACAUUACUCUUUAAUUUACCGUAGAUAUCAGUUCUAUUACUGUAAAAUGUUCACUAGUUUCUUUGAAAUGUUUUGUAUACACAAGUGAAUAUCUUUUUAUAUUCAAAUAAAUAAACCGGUGGUAUCCAUUGGCAUAUCCUUCCAUUUCCUACUGAUCAACAGUUGUUAAAAUAAAGCUUUAUUUAUUCAACG